GCCUAUUGAUUCUGGAGAACAUUUCGACAACACCAGUUCUUGCACACCAUGGAGCUGUUAAGUGACAUGAUGUUUGUGGCGUUGGUGUUGAUGGGAUGUCUGGCCGGAAGCAUGGCCACGUGGAGUUCACCAGAGUACUCCACUUCGUAUGAUGCCCCUGACUCUCAACUAUUCGUACCUGGACAACUUUAUGGAUUAGCGACAUCGCCAUACCAAUCGUUUGAUUCCAGUUGGGCAUCGUUCUCAGCCGAUCCGUAUACAUCUACACAGGUUUCAUACCAGGAUCCGUCUGUGUCUUCCAUAUCCUGGGCCUCACAAGAUUCGGGCUCACCCUGGCUCCUCUCGUCACCUCAAUCCUAUAUAAAUGCACCACGUAAGCGUUCGAGUCAACCACCCACACUCCGGAAGCCGUCACCUCCAACAUCCUGGAAGCCGCCGCCACCACCCAAAAUAUGGAAGCCGUCACCUCCCAAAUAUUUGAAGCCGCCACAACCCAAAAUAUGGAAGCCGUCAAUACCCAAAAAAUGGAAGCCGCCACCACCGACACCCUGGAAGCCACCACCGACACCCUGGAAGCCACCACCGACACCCUGGAAGCCGAUGAAAUACAAACCCUGGAAACCGAUAGCACACAAACCCUGGCAACCGAUAACAUACAAACCCUGGCAACCGAUAACACACAAACCCUGGCAACCGAUAACAUACAGACCUACGAUAAGGUACUCAAACCCAUGGUCAACCUGGAAUCAGCCACAGAUAUCGUCAGGGGGCAGUUCUGUCAGUAGUAAUGCGUUCAGUGUUUCAUUAGGAGACACGAGCAGUAACAGUGGGAUCUUUACCAGUUUGAACCAAGACGGAUACAGCGCAUUGCCCAAACAACAUUCGGUAAUGUAGAUCUGGGCGAGCAGACAGCCACGAAGAAUGUAUCCGUAGCAGGAACAACUUGAUGCAAUAAAAUUCAUAGCACUAAA